CGUCCUUACGUAAAAAAUUAAUUAAAUUCGUUUAAUCGCUUUUACAGCGCGCCGUUAAAGAUAAUUUUGAUUUAAUUUAGAUAAGUUCACACAUACAUUCCUAAUUAAUAAUGUUUGUCCGAAAAUAGAGUAAUCGUUCUAUUUUUGCACGUAAGGUCAAAGGGAUGAAGGUACUACACUAUUAAAAAAAAAAAUUGAAUAAAUAUGCGUGUAGCAAUAUUAUAAAAGAAAAAAAGUAAAACAAAAAGAAAGCAAAAAAAAGAAAAAAAGAAUAAAAACUUGAACGUAAUUAUCUUGCAAAUGUUUUUUCCAUUUCUCGAAUAUCCUGUUACUAGUGGACCUUAUCGAGAAAGAAUAUUCAAUAUUAUAGUGUUGAAAAAAUAUUUCAUAUAUGGUGUUUUUGGACAUUCGCUUUCUAUAUUAUUUAUCUAACAGCGUGAUAUAUCUUUUAUAUUUCGAGCCAUUAUGACUUAAUAUAAGGAAAAAUCUCGUAUUAUAACAAAUACUGACUAAAAUUCGAUCGUAAUCAUACCUCCAAUUCCUUGUAUAUCUUUGUUAAAACAUAACUAAGAUCAAUACUUUUUCCUUUGGGUAAAUAAAUAAAAUAUGGGUAUUUCCGAUAUGCUCGCCAGCAAUGUCACACUAUUUUAAAUACAUCGUAAAACAUUUUUAGAUAAAUUAUACCAUAUAGACAUUUUGAAAUUCACUGAUUAUAUUAUUUUACAUAUUUGCUCGAAUCGUGAAAAUUGAAAAUAAAAAUAAAAAUUAUAAAUUAAUCACGAAAAGAAAGAACGAUAUUAACACGUCGAAGAAUCGCAAUAAACUGACAAUGAGAAUUCCUUUUACUGUUGUUGUUGAUCUGUUAGGUCAUAAGAUGUUAUCGUUGAACAUUGUAAGUAAGAAAUUUGUGUUUAUAACAGCUAAAUGUACGAUUAAAUCAAAUUUAAUGUUAUUUAACCUUUCUAACCGGAGAUGAUGAAUAAACUCGUCAUUGGGCGCGCAAAACAAAUUAAAUCGUUACAAAACUAUAAAAAUUAAAACUAAGAUAUAUUAAACAUAAAAACGUCAUUUUCUUUCUUUUUUAUUGUCAUUGUGUUAUCAAUCAGUAUAAUUCGAAAGUGUAAACUAUAUUUGGCUAAACAAAUUCACAAAAAAUCAAACAGGUGAAUAUUAGAAAUCUACCUGUGAAGUACCAUUACAUAUUGUACCUUACUUUAAAUUAUAUCAUACUGUUAAAUGAAAUGAAUUAUCGUUUAAAUUGUUCGUUUAAUUAUCACAGAAUGUUUUUGAAUAUUUUAAUUAUUUGUUUAAUUAUCACUUUCUUAAAAUUUUUUACUUUUAUAAUCGUACAAGUUGCAAUUUAUAUUUCGCAUUUACUAUGAAUAUGACGAGAAUCUUUGUUAGUUUAUCAUGGCACGUCCAGAGUGCGCUGUCAAGAAACGACCAAUAAGGAAAAGCCGAUUACUAGAGAACACAAAUUGUUGCUAUACUAGACAUCCAACAAUCAAUACGUGGUUAUAUUUGGUACUUUACAGUUAAUCUGUGUCUUAAUUCCCGCCAAAUUUUUGUUAAUGUGAAUUUUACUAGUGACAUGUAAAUUAAAUAAAACACUAAAGGCAAAGAGCCCUUAAAUGAUAUUUUAUCCAAAGUUUUACUAUAUUCAUUCCAAAUGGGAGAUGUAGCAAAUCUUAAUGAUUUAUUGCCAAUUUAUUAUGCUAGAUUGUUUCCUUUCAAUGAUUAUUAUGACUGGCUCAGUUAUGGAAGUACAAAUAACUUUAGCAGAAGAGAAUUCUCUUUCACUCUUCAAGAUGAUAUUUAUCUUCGAUUCCAAUCAUUUAAAACUCUUAAAGACUUAGAAGCAGACAUCAAGAGACUUCUUCCAUUUAAAAUUGACAUUGGUGCUGUGUACAAUGUUCCGCCGAAAGAACAAAGAAAAAGAGCACGAUUUUUUCCCGUAGAAAGAGAACUUGUUUUUGAUAUUGAUAUGACAGAUUAUGAUGAAGUAAGAACAUGUUGCGAAGGUACAGAUAUUUGUAAUAAAUGUUGGAAGUUUAUGAUACUUGCAUGUAAAAUAUUAGACAACGCGUUAAGAGCUGAUUUUGGAUUCAAGCAUAUUCUCUGGGUAUUUUCUGGUAGAAGAGGUAUACAUUGUUGGGUUUGUGAUCCAGAAGCACGCUUUUUAGAAGAUGUUCAACGUGCUGGAGUUGCAGAGUAUUUACAAAUUAUCGGAGGAGGAGAAUACAUGAAAAAGAAAGUCAAUUUAUCCACUGAUACUUUACAUAAAUCUAUUAGACGUGCAUUGGAUAUAAUUGAAGCAGAAUUUAUACCUAUGUGCAUUGAAGAGCAAGAUAUAUUAGGAACAAAUGAAAGAAUGGAAAAGUUUCUAGCGAUAUUACCUGAUGAAGAAGACCAACAAGAACUGAAGAAUUUAUUUGGCCAAUGUUCUUCCAGUACAACUCGAUGGAAGGCAUUCUGUGAAUUUGUCAAAGACAAAAGAACAAAGAGGGGAUCAAAAUGGUAUUUAUACCGUCAUCUUAGGGAAGAAGUAAUAUUGCAAUAUGCCUAUCCAAGGUUAGAUAUAAAUGUUACAAAAGGAAUGAAUCAUCUUUUAAAAUCUCCUUUCUGCAUACAUCCAAAAACGGGCAAAGUUUGUGUACCAUUUACGGUAAAGACCGUAGAAAAGUUUCAGCCAGAUAAGGUUCCAACAAUAAUGACAUUAAUUGACGAAAUUAAUGAGUUCGACGCAAAGGAGAAGACAGAAGAAAUUAAUAAUUUAGAUACAACAAAGAUAAAAGAUUAUAAAAAGACGAGUUUAAAGAAAUCACUUCACAUAUUUCACGAAUUUUUAUGGGGACUUAAAGAAGCACGAAAGGGUUUAAAGGCUAAGGAAAAUGAUGAAAAAAUGGAAUUUUAAAAACUGCAGAGUUAUCUCAAAAUAUUCAGGAACAUUUUUACAUGUAAAAACCUUAAGAAUCCAGACUAAUGAGAUCAAUAUCGUAGUUACAAAGUCUAUUAAACGCAUUUGUAUAACAAGUUCCGCGUAAGAGUCUUUGUUAGAGAAGAAUCUUUAUUUGACAAGCAAAUAUAUUUGUCGUAUCGGAAUCACUCGAAGACGGUGGCGCAUUGACGAAGAAUAAAAAGAAUUUGCUAGUAAAGGAAACCGCUCGAUGGAUUUAUUGCUCAAGGUGCUUACCUUCAGAUAGAAUAGUCAAUAGCGUAGUCUACUUUACUAACUAUUAUUGUUGAUUAAAAUAAACUUUUCUAUUGAAAAUAAUCGAAAAAUUUUAUUUUAAACAUUGGCCUUACUUAAAUCAUUUCUUAAAUUUAUUAUCAUCAAUAAUAAAAGCUAUUCGAAUAAUGUAAUUAUAAGCAAUCUCUAACUUUGAUUUUGAAUUCUGAAUCGAGUACGCCAAUGUAAGAUCGUGAAGCCGGCGAGCUUAAAGACCCUUUAAGGAGAUAGAUCGGCCAAGAUUAAAUAGAGGUAAUGAAGUACAUCACUAUCGUCUUUUAAACCUUUCUGACCAUAUUUGACUGACUUUAUUUAUCCCAAUUGCCACCAAAUUCCUUCUCUUUCUGUUUUAUUCAACAGGAUAAUUGUUUUUCGUUCGAUGCACUAUUUAUUUCUUAAGGUUGUUCAUCAUCCCUUGUCUUAUAAUGGUUUACGCCAGCAAUGAAUCCAAAUGUAAUUUUCGAUUGAUUUUAAUAAACAAGGUUUCAUCUUGAAGAUGAAGAUUUAAACAGGGAGAUGCCUUUUUCGAAUUUUUAAAAAAGCUUUGUAUUAAUAAAUUUUUACAAAAGCUUUGCAUAAUGUCAACAAAACGAACUCUUCAUCGACUUUGAUAGUUAACCAGAUAGUUUGGUUUCUGUGACUUUAUUAUGUAUUAUGAUUCAAAGAUAUUUGCGAUUAUAUGAAAUUUAUUAGAUUCUAUUUUUAAGGAAAUAGAGUUGAAUUCAAUCUUUCAGCAAAACCUUUGAUGAAUUUGAUAUUUAUUGUUAACUACGUAAAAUUAGCACUUAACAUACUCACGAUUUUGUUGUUUAUAUAUU